ACCUAAAGUCCGAUUUCAUUAUCACGUUGCAUCAAGCGGGGCAGCGAUGCUAACAUCUCUUUCGCAAUAGCGGAAGACACAGACAUCUCAUUUGUGCGCAAGCUCGCACUCGUCCUAAAUUUUCGUGACGUCAGAUUUAAGAUCGUGUGGUCCUCAAUUGAGUCAAUUUAACCACUAACCUUCCCCGUAAACAUGUCGACGGCGUUCGCCACAAUUUACGAUUUCCUCAGCCUUGGCAAUGUUUUUCUGCUGUUGUUCACCCUGAUGGUAUCACAUUACAUCAUGGUGCUGUACGAGUUCAGAGGAAUGCCACCGGGUCCGCGAUUUACAGCCGUUCCCGUUUUAGGUAACGUGUUUUCUCUCGAUUCGAAGGCGGAGAAACUAACCGACGCUUUCCGAAGCCUCAAACGAAACUAUGGUCCUGUAUUUUCGCUCAAACUUGGUAGUUACAAGUUUGUUAUGGCGUCUACACCUGAAUCUGUUAAAGAGAUGCUAAUAAAAAAAUCUACUGAGUACGCUGGAAGACCACAGACAUAUUCAGUUCAAACUAGAACACUAGGCGGUAAAGAUAUCGCUUUUGGUAACUAUGGUCCUUCUUGGAAGUUUCAUCGAAAAUUAUUCACAUCAGUAUUGCGCCAGUAUGUUUCCGAUAUUCCCCUCAUAGAAAGCCGAGUCUCAGUUCAAGCUCAGAAAUUGGUGCAGUUUAUGCAAGAACAAGAUGGCAAACCUUUCGAUCCCGCAGAUUGCCUCAUGAGGGGCGUUGCUGAUGUCAUUUGCGGGAUAACCUUCGGUGAAGGUUUCGACACAACGCACCCAGAUUUAAACAAACUUUUGAAUCUUUGCGCGAAUAUUGUGGAAAAUGAUGAUGUGGCGAGGCUUGUUACUGUGUUGGACUUCUUCCCCUUUACGAAGUACUUGCCGAUCAAGGCUUAUGAUCGCUUCAUACAGCCCUUCUUCGAAAUGUUUGGAAUCAUUCGCAAAUUUUUAAGAGAACGCGAAGAAAAUUUCGACCCAGCAAAGAGCGUACAGGAUUUCAUCUCGGGUCUUCUUUGUGCAAGAAACGAAGCAAAGAUGGCAGGCGAUGGAGAAAGGUCCGCAUUUCUUUCUGAUGACUAUCUUGUGAACGAUGUUGAGGUCAUGUUUGCUGCUGGCUACGAAACUACCAGCACAACCUUAAAAUGGGUGAUAGCUUACCUAGUUAACCAUCCAAAGUACCAGGAGGACAUUCAACGCCAGUUAGACGAGGUACUUGGUGAACGGAGUCCUUCCUUGAAUGAUCGUGCCAGUUUACCUCUAGUGCAGGCAGCAAUCAUCGAAACACUGCGACUUGGAAACGUUGGACCUCUUUUACUUCCUCAUGUCACCAUGACCGAUACCACACUAUGUGGCUACCGCGUUCCAAAGGAUACAAUUGUCUUUGCUGACACAGAAUCUGUUCAUCUGAAUCCUAACUGUUGGAAAGAUCCCACCAAUUUCAAUCCUUACCGUCACAUCGACAAAAACGGUCAGCUUAUCACUAACCAAAGUAACUUCUUUCCUUUCGGAGCUGGUCGCCGGGUAUGCGCUGGGGAAGCCCUUGCUAAAGUGAAACUGUUUUUGUUUGUGUCUUGGAUUCUUCAAAAUUUCACUUUUGUUCCUGAAGUAGAUGGCCAUCCUCCCGAGCUGAGGGGCAUAUUUAGUAUUACUCAGUUUCCCGCUCCCUACAAGAUACGCGCCAUACAGCGAAAGUGAAAUAUUUUUUUAUAAAUUGCAAUUUUUGUUAAGUGCUUUAGACGAAUUACAAUUUUUUAUUCAGAGCUCUUUUCGAUUGAGCUUCGUGAGAUUAAAAGCGAAGGUAUAAAGGCAGCCAAUCAGAGCGGAGGAAGGCAUCACAAGGAGCCAAUGAGAACUCCAAGUGAAAAAAAAAAAUUAGACUACCUCGUCCGCGCGUAAAAACGCGAGUCAUUAAGUCGCGAUUGGUUUCAGUUUUACAUCUGAUUGGUUGAGAGAUUGGCGUGUUUUUUCUUUCGACCAUUCAUAUAGCAGUACAAUCAAGAUUUCCUUUUCACGCUAAAUUAAAAAAUUUUUGAUAUUAGGUUACAGAGUUGGCAAUAAACAAAGAAAAGAGCAAUUACUAGUGACUGAAUGGAUAACCAAUGAACUUCGUGCACAGCCUGUAUGUAGAACGCGGUUUACAAAUAGACUUCAGCCCCCAUAGGGCUUUGAGUCUGAGGUUCCUGUACCCCUUACGAAUUAUUUUUUUAUCCCUUCCAUUUUCGGAAAUUUCAAGUGUAUAUAGGUUAAAAACCCACCCAUCAAUUUUCGCGCGACCCUAUAGGCUACUUUACGUCGCGCGGUAAAAAAUCACCGGUAAAUUAUUACACAAUAAGCUACAUUGACGAUAUUUGCCUCCGAUCAUUCCCGUCGAGAAAAAAAGCCAGCGGAAAAAAGCCAGCUGAAGAGUUUGGCUUUUUCGCCCUUAUUACUUCACAUGGAAGGAAAACAAACUCGUUUGGUAGAGUCCACUGGUAGUGACAUUGAAAACUGAUCUCAACUGCUGCUCCGAAAAGAAAAAAAGGUCAACGAAAUUUUGCUGUCAGCCGCAGCUUCAAAGUGUUUACUUACUAAAUAACUAAGCAAGCGCAAAGAAAUCUCCCUCAGUAGACAUUUCAUUUGGCCUCUUCCGGUUCUUCAAAAACAAAAAAGGGGAUUUGAACGGGGUUAACUUUAUCGAUAUAUGUAUUGAUUUCUAGUCAGAAAGGGGAGCACUCUAGCUUAGGAGGUAGUAACUUGAAAUAUAAGACUCAGUUGAUUGUAAAAUUUUCUGCCAUCAAACUUAUCUUGUAAGA